UCAAUUAUAAACUAUAUUUAUUCAGAUGCAAGUCAAUGCAAUCAACUUAAAGCGCAACAGCUGCUUAUAAUCGCAAUCUAGUAUGUUUUGGUAUUUUUAGUUUAGUGACAAGUGCAUUCACGAGUAAAUAUCGAUACACCGAUAUCACAAACACUAACCCUGUGUACGUGUUUGUUUGUGGUGGUUGCAAUAAAUUUGUUUGUGCGUAGAAAGUGUAAAUUAUUACAACGAAAAACGUAAAAAUUCUGCACGAUAUAAAACACUUGCAGCUUGCCAACUGAAUACGCAGCAGAAUGGACAUCAUGGACAUACAGGCUGUCGAAUCGAAGUUAAGUGACGUCACAGUGACACCAAUACCACGCUCGCAAGUACAAAACUUUUACAACUAUCAGCAGCAGCGCGAACAGCGCGAACAACAGCCCCAAAUCCAAAUAUCUGCUAUACAUCAUUCACGCAGCGGCGCCAGCGGCGGCGCCAGCAGCGCUGCCAGCAACAAUAACAUGACCGCCACAGAUUAUGCGACCAGCAGCAGCAGCGGCGGCGGCGUCGGCAGCGGCAGCAAACGUGACCGCAACAAUGCACAAAGCAGCGCCGCAGCGACAGCAGCAGCAGCAGCUGCCGUUGCUGCACUGCAAUAUUCGCCACAAUUUCUGCAGGCACAGCUGGCGCUGCUGCAGAAACAAUCGAACACAACUGCCACACCGUCAGCCUCAUCGGCCGCAGCAGCGGCCGCGGCAGCACUAUCGCUGGCCAACAUUGCAGCCGCCAGCAAUGGGCGCAAUCUCUCGAACUCGGCCAACAGCGGCAACAGCAACAUCAAUAGCAAUAGCAACAACAAUACCAAUGCCGUCAGCAGCAGCAGCAGCAGCAGCAGCACAAUUAAUCUGGGCUUGAAUCUCACACAAUCACAGCUGAAAUAUCCGCCGCCAUCGACCUCGCCGGUGGUUGUUACCACACAAACAUCGGCGAAUAUAACAACGCCGCUAACAUCCACUGCCAAUCUGCCGACGGCGGGCAGCAUGGUCGGUGGCAAUGGGCUGAGCAAGUAUGCCCAGCUGCUGGCGGUUAUUGAGGAAAUGGGCCGUGAUAUAAGACCCACAUAUACGGGCUCGCGCAGCUCCACGGAACGCUUGAAGCGUGGCAUUGUCCAUGCACGGAUACUGGUGCGCGAGUGCCUCAUGGAAACGGAGCGUGCGGCGCGUCAAUGAGAGGAGGAGGAGUGCGGCAGCGUGCCGCCAUUGAUGUCACCGGAUUAAGUUCUGCACCAGAAAAUACACUACACUCUACAUAAACACAAGCACUUCACAUUGGGCAUGGUGAAAAAUAAUCUAGCAUUUAAGUGUGACCAGACUAGUGGCAAAAUGAAAGCCAAUUAUUCAAAGCAAUUUCUUGACGGUUUUUUAUAUAAGCCCCCCCCCCCUUCCCCACCCCCUACAAACAACACAAUUUCAAGAACUAGACAAAAACUUUUAUAUAUUGAUGAUUCUUGAAAUCUGUUCCUAUAUACUUUAUGCCACAUUUUCCAUGCAAUCGAAUACGGUCUGCCUGGAUCGAAUGUCGUACUCCAAUACUGUAUAUUAUAUAUACAUGCUUGUACAUUGAUCUGAUUUCGAUCACUUUCUUGGUAUAUUGUAGGAUUCUGAAGGCAUGAGAAAAUGUGCAUAAAACUCAUAUGUAUAUCAUUGGCAUACCACAGAUGCUAUAGCUUUCACUAUGCCUGUAAAAGUAACGAGUAGAAGUAACGAGUGUUGGGCUAAAUUAGUUACUUAAGGCACUCGUUAGAUUUAACAAAAUGUGCUUUCAUUUAUUAUUUAAGCACCUUAUUUUAAUAUAUCAUAUUUCAUUAUUAAACAAUAGCAAAUUGUAUGAGCUUCUGUUUCUAUUUAUUUUCUGUUGAUUGAUUAUUUUGAUUUUGAUUUUGAUUGUUUUCCUCUAAUACUCUACAAAACUGGCAAAUUGGUGCCGCCGGACCAUAGUUAAAAAAUGUUUAGACUAGCUCAGGUUAUACAAGUUAUAUAUAAUAUGCAUAUACAUUAUAUAUAAUGCAUACGAGUAUGUAUACAAAUAUGAAGCGAGCCAGAGACAGCUUCAGAUUUUAUAGAGGUAAACAAUAUAUACAUAUAUAUAUAUAUAUAUGUAUGUGUAUAUGUUCUUAUGCAUAAGUCUAGGCUAAGUUGCACCUGCGUAUUUUUUGUGUGUGUUCCAAACGUUGAUGUUGUACAGCUUUAAGUAGGACACGGCUUCCAAACACUAACUGUGCAUGCUAUAUAUACACUAUAUGUCAGGGCAGAUGGAACAGUUAUUUUAGAUAACUAUACAAUACAUAUAUACAGACCUGUAUAUGUAUAUAUAUAUAUGCAUUUGUUAUAAACGAGGUUAGUUAAACCAAAUAAUUAAGCGACCUUCCUUUUAACAUAACUUCCUACAGAUAUAUAUAUCUAUAUACAUAUAUAUGCGAGCAUAUGGCUAAGUUCAAGCGUGUAUACCGAACCAAAAUUGGAAUAAAGAGAUAUUUUGGUUUUUAUAAAGCAAUAAAAAACAAACAAACAAACAAACAAAUAAAAAAACAAAUGAAUAUUUGCAUUUACCUUUUAAUGAGCACUCGCAAAACACAUGUCUUCCACAAAUGCUGUUGAGCUGUUUUUCUGUUCCUUUUUUUUUUUUGGUGUUUUUUUUAUUGUUUUUGGUAAAAAAAAAAAAA